UUUGUCUGCUAGAAACUAAUGAGAAACUACAAGAGAGCUGCGAGGAUGGGGAAGGCAGCAGAGCUCUGAUGUGUGGGGAACAAAGGAAAAUGGGAGUUUCGACAAAAACCUUGAGAGCUGGAGAAGCUUUUUGAACUUCUUUAGGAUGUUUUGGGGCAAGAAAGUUUGAUCUGUUUCUUGUUUUUUGAGGCUUUGAGGUAGUAAAGUACACCUAAAAGGACCCAGAUCAAAAAGCAACAUGGAGAAAUUCAAGGCAGCCAUGGUUUUAAGUGCUGUAGGAGAUGCCUUGGGCUACAGAAAGGGCCGUUGGGAAAGGUGCACCUCGGGAAAGAUAAUCCAAGAGGAACUGGCCUCUCUGGGGGGACUGGCGGCCCUGAAACUGGAUCCUGAUAACUGGCCCCUAAGUGAUGCUGCGCUGAUGCACAUGACCACAGCAGAAGCACUUGUAACAGAUUACUGGUGUCUGGAGGACCUGUACAGAGAGCUGGUGCGUCUCUACGUUGAAGCCAUGGUGUCUCUCCAGGGCCGAGUCCCUGAUCCCGCCACAGUGGAGAACUGUGCUCAUCUCAAACCUUACAACUUCCUGCUUGCCUGGCAUACACCUUUCAAUGAAAAAGGGUCUGGGUUCAGUGCAGCUUCCAAGGCCAUGUGUGUGGGUAUGAGAUACUGGCAACCAGAGAGAUUAGAUAGCCUGGUGGAGGUCAGCAUUGAAGCUGGAAGAAUGACUCACAACCACCCUACAGGCUUUCUAGGUUCCCUGACAACGGCACUGUUUGCAUCCUAUGCCAUCCAGGGGAAGCCUCUUGUGACAUGGGGCCGUGAGCUCUUGAAGGUCAUCCCACGAGCUGCGGAGUACUGCAGGAAGACCAUACGGCACAUGGCAGAGUAUCAGGAAAACUGGUUCUACUUUGAAGCCAAGUGGCAGUUUUACCUUGAAGAGCGAGAGAUUGAUAAGGAGGGACACAACAAAGCUCUGUUCCCUGAUCGCUAUGAUGCUGAGGAAACAGACAAAAUGUACAAGCGUUGGAGUUCAGAGGGCCGCGCAGGCCGAAGAGGUCACGAUGCCCCCAUGAUUGCCUACGACGCUCUUCUGGCCGCAGGAAGUGACUGGGCUGAGCUGUGCAAACGAGCCAUGUUCCACGGAGGUGAGAGCGAAGCCACGGGCCUGAUUGCGGGAUGUCUUUAUGGCCUCCUGCACGGCCCGAGCCAGGUUCCCCCAGGUCUGCACCAGAACGUGGACAAAAGAGAACACCUGGAGGAGCUGGGAGAGGCGCUGUUCAAGGCAUCAUCUGCAGAAAAAUGCAUAGACAAGUAAUCCUGAUCUUCACUGGCCUGAACUCUGCUGGCUAGCAGCGACUCUGCACAUCACUCUAGUAGUUUUAAGUGGUAUCCCGCCCCCUCCUUACUACUUUUGUCGUGCUAUCCUUGGUUUUCCCUGGAUCAGUAUGUACAGAUCUAGUUACAGAUCUGUCAUGAAUAACCUUUUAUUAUGGGUCACACUAUCCAGCGUACAAAGCUGAGAGGAAUGCUCUGUAUGGGAUUGUCUGUUAUCUGUUAGUCUAAUAUUCAGUUGAUGGUAAUGCAACACCUAAAGUGCCUUGGAAAAGUAUUUGACGCUUCCCCUGUGUAAAGAAGUAAUUGGGCCCCUUGUUGAAUCAUAAUUAACCACAGGCAUGAUUACUGGCAGACCUGUUAAAAAAUGACUUAAAUAGAACCUGUCAGAGAAAGUGAAGUAGGCUAAAAAAUCUCAGAAAGCCUAAAGCUUGGAACUUGGAAGUUGGAACAGUGGUGAACCUUCCUAGAAAUGGCCGGCCUACCAAAAUUACUCCAAGAGCGCAUCAACAAGUCAUCCAGGAGGUCACAAGGGGGCAAAUAUUCUUUUCACAGCACUCUAGGACCUGACAUACUAACGACUAAUGACAUGCCUCAAUUAUACUGAAAUGACAGAAGUGGGAAAAAAGUUUAUUUUAUAACCUGCUUUAACAUGAACUAUGUACUUUGUAGUCCAGAUUAAAUGUACUUUUAGCGCAUGUGAGAUGUGGAUGGGAUGAUUUUAACGUUUUUAAGUCGUAGAAUAUUAAUUUUGUGUUCUAAUACCGUGAUUAUUAUUGAUGCUCUUGUCAGCAGCACAUUGUCAAAGCACCUCUACACAGUUAAUAUUAAAAUGACGUGACAAUUAAAGUGUAGUUAUAUCACACAUAAAGUGCCCGGCUCUCCUUGUCGCCUUAAUUUGAUGCACAGCUUCAUAAUUCUAUCAGACUUCCUUCUCGUUACACAAAUCGCCCUCACAGUUUCCUGAACUAAUUAUCUAAUUCAUGCUGCUUUGCUACCAGCCUGGACAUUUUGCUACGGGGUUAAAAUGACUGCUGGAAUUCCCAUUUACAGCAAAAGUAUUGUUUUUUGGGGUUUUUUUUGCUUGCUGGUGAAAUAAAACAUGAAAUCAAAGACACGCAGUUCGAUUACUCCCUUAAAGCUAACUCUAAUAUCCCUUCUCUGCUGUAACGACUGUGCUUAAGCAAUAGUGGUGGUUUUACAUGUCCUCUAUUCUCUGUAGACAAAACUCUCAGAAAACCGCUAACAUCCCAGAUGCCAGUAUGUUGAAGAAGUUGAUUAGAG